CCCAUAGCAGGCCAGCCCCUUCCUCCUGUCUCUAUUACCCCAUCCCCCCAUGGACUAGCUUCCUCUCCAGGACCAGGGAGCAAUCACAGAUGCCCGGACCUUGGCUUCCUUUGCCUGGCAGGUUUGGGUCUCUCACGCAGAGGAAACCAAAAGCAGAGAGAGGGAGGGAAGGCAGAGCGGCCAAUCAGGGGCAGGGUGAGGCUCAAAACCAGCAGGCUCCCCAGGGAACCCCACCGAGGCCUGAGCCAUGGCGGAGCUGCAGCAGCUUCAGGAGUUUGAUAUCCCUACGGGCCGGGAGGCUCUGCGGGGCAACCACAGCGCCCUGCUGCGGGUGGCCAACUACUGCGAGGAUAACUACGUGCAGGCCACAGACAAGCGGAAGGCAUUAGAAGAGACCAUGGCUUUCACCACCCAGGCCCUGGCCAGUGUGGCCUACCAAGUGGGUAACCUGGCUGGACAUACUCUUCGAAUGCUGGACCUACAGGGUGCUGCCCUGCGGCAGGUAGAAGCCAAGAUCAGCACACUGAGCCAGAUGGUGAACAUGCACAUGGAAAAGGUGGCCAGAAGGGAGAUUGGCACCUUAGCUACUGUCAUGCGGCUGCCCCCUAGCCAGAAGGUCAUCCCUCCUGAGAGUCUACCUCCCCUCACGCCGUACUACAGAAAACCCCUCAACUUCAGCUGCUUGGAUGACAUUGGCCAUGGAAUCAAGGACUUGAGCACGCAGCUGUCGCGGACUGGGACGCUGUCUCGCAAGAGCAUCAAGGCGCCUGCUACACCUGCCUCCUCCGCGCUGGGGAGACCACCCCGGAUCCCCGAGCCCGUGCAGCUCCCAGCCGUGCCCGACGGCAAACUCUCCGCUGCCUCCUCUGCCUCUUCCUUGGCCUCGGCGGGCAGUGUCGAAGGUGCCAGUGGGACCCCCCAGGCAGCACUUGCAACCUCGCCUCCUCCACCUCCGGCACCUGCAACCCCGCCUCCUCCACCUCCGGCACCUGCAAACCCCCCUCCUCCACCUCCCGCACCUGCAACCCCGCCUCCUCCACCUCCGGCACCUGCAACCCCGCCUCCUCCGCCAGUCUCUGCGGAGGUCUUCUUACCACCUCCUCCGCUAGAGGUGUCCCAGCCCCCUCCAGCAGAGUUGCCUUUGCCCCCUCCUCCAGCUCUAGAGGGGGAUGAACUGGGGCUGCUGCCUCCGCCCCCACCAGGUUUUGGACCAGAUGAGCCCAGCUGGGUCCCUGCUGCGUACUUGGAAAAAGUGGUGACACUAUACCCAUACACCCGACAGAAGGACAAUGAGCUCUCCUUCUCUGAAGGCACUGUCAUCUGUGUCACCCGCCGCUACUCUGACGGCUGGUGUGAGGGAGUCAGCUCAGAGGGCACUGGAUUCUUCCCAGGGAACUAUGUGGAGCCCAGCUGCUGACAGCCCAGAUCUAUCCCUGCACCAACCCAGCACUGCCUCAGUGGGACUCUUGAGUCCCAAGAAGCCAGCGCCACAGUCAAGGCUGCACUAAGGACCUGUCUACCUCUUGGGCUGUGAACUGUGUUCAGCACCUGCUCCACACAGCAGCGUAGGGGAGGGGCAGAGAGAGGUGGUACCCAGGACUGCUGCAUAUGGGGGGAGAAAUCCACCCAAAAAACCCCCAAAGCCAAGGAGUUCUGGCACCUUGCCCAGACAGCUUUGAAUAAAACCCAUGACCUCCUGA